AUGGAGGCUCCUGCAUGCAUGCAUCCCAAGGAGGCCAGCGGAGGACCGAGCGCCGCCGCCGCCGUGGGUCGCCAUUCCGAUCUCGCCACCUUGACCAGCCAGUCGUUCGCGCUGGACCCCAAGCAGCGUUCUACCUCAGGCUUUGACGAAGACACUCACCUUGCGGCGGCGGCUGUUGGACACGAGCUGCCGCUCUCGGGUGGAAGAAGCGAAGAGCUCGAGCUAACAACCCGCGCGUUCCAGGCGAGUCAGCGUAGCCAGCCGGCCCUCGUCGUGCAUCCGAGAUCAACCACCCAGAUCUUAACCAGCUCUCUCAUCUAUCGAUCGUACUCCUAUCACGUGACAGCCUGA